GGUUGCACAGGUUUGAAAUCAGCUGAUUUUGUCUGCGUUUGUAAUUAGUUCACCGUGAAGUUUACCUACCUUUGUUUAAUUCUUAUUCAACAACAUCUCAUCGACCAAGGGCUGAAGAUUAUGGUUUUCAUGUCAUACUUAUGAUGAGUUUGUGACAGUUAAGAAACCAGAAAGGCGACACUGCGAUCAGGAAGCGGCUAAUUUAGUUAUGAUGUCACCAGCUGACAGGCGGAAGUAGUAUAUGAAAGAGCUCCACAAUGUCGACAGAUAAGCAAAGGGGAAUCCACGUUUCUCAGGAGGAGCUGCUCUGCAAGAAUUCCUGUGGGUAUUAUGGAAACCCUGUGUGGCAAGGCUUCUGCUCCAAGUGCUGGAGAGAGAAAGCACGUAUAGCUGGAGCUUCUAGUCAAGACACAAGGCCGAGCAAUGAUGGAACUCCUCUCACCUUCUCCAAAUUUGAGGAGAAGAAAAGCACUGAGAAAGGACGUCGUAUCAACACAAUGAGGAGACUCUUUUGGGGCAGCCCGUCCCCUCCUAAACUUCAAGAGUCUUCUGAAAGCCAUGCUAAUUUGCUAAAAGCUUACCAGAGCCUCGAGGCCGGGGACUUCACCGGUUUCCUGAAGAUACUAAAGAGCCCUUCCUCUCAGCGCUUGCAGUCCCGAUGUACAGCCUUCCUCAACACAAUGGAAGCUUAUCAUGAUCUGCCGGUACAGAAGCAGUCAGAUCUCGUGCAGGAUUUCUACCAAUCCUUUGCUGAAUAUUUUAACAGUUUUCCUGAGGCUCAGGUAACUCACAUAAUGGAGCAUGUAGAGAAGCUAAUAAUGACCCGGUUGCACAAAUGGGUUUUCUGCCAUGACAGCUGUGAUGAUGAACAGAAGGACCUAGCUCUCCAGAGAAGGAUACGCUCUUUAAACUGGAUCACUCCUCAGAUGCUGAGCGUACCCUUCCCUGAUAAAAAGAUUGAAGUCACAGGCGACCCCUUCCUGCCUGCUAUAACAGCCAUAAUUGAAAUGGAUGCCAAACGAGCGCCUCAGGACAAACUUGCAUGUGUGUCCAAAUGCAGUCAGCAUGUCUUUGAAGCGCUCUCCACCUCGAACAGUGAGCCCGCUAAUGCUGAUGACUUCCUGUCAGGCUUGGUUUAUGUGGUGCUGAAGGCCAAUCCACCCCGCCUACACUCGAACAUGCAAUAUGUGAUUCGCUUUGGUCUUCCUCACAGUCUGAUGGCAGGAGAGAGUGGAUACUAUUUCACUAACUUGUCUUGUGCAGUGGCCUUCAUCGAAAAGCUGGAUGGACCGGCUCUCAACCUCAGUCAGGAGGAGUUUGAGGGCUACAUGCUGCGUCAGCGUGCUCCUUCUGAAGGAAAGAGGCAGCGGGUUGUCAGUGACACACAACAUCUGUUAGAAGAGCUUCAAGGCAGACAGGAGAAGCUCGACCAAGGGAUGGAUUCUCUUAGUGUGCAGCUACAGAGUUGGGUCCAUGCUGUUAAUUCACAACUAGAUGAGGCCACAGCUCAGUUUGCUCUGGUACAGACGGAGGUCACCGCUAAGACUGAGUCCUCACAGGUUUUAUCAUCCUCAUCUCAUGAUGCAUUACUGCAAGGUGACGAUAAAGACGAGUCUGUGCUGAAGCUUAUGGACCAACAUGCAGGUCCACAAGAUACAGACUGUUAGUUGUAUUAAAAAAAACACCUAAUCUGGUACUAAGCUCUUUUUAAUCAGCAUUACUAACGAAACAAACAGAUUUAUAUUUCACACAUUCCAACUACAGAAAGCCAGGAUUUGGAAGCCAGUUGAACAUGAAGGAAAACUUUUUGAAGGAAACCUUUUGCAUUUGGUAUCACGGGGCACACAGAGGUUUUUAAUGGCAUUGAUUAAAAAAAAAUUGCACUUUGAUCCUGUUUCAGGAUGAAGGACAUUCAAAAUGCAUUCCAAUUUGUAUU